GUCUUCUCGCGACUGUCAAGCUGAGAACGUCGGCCCAGGAUUCGUUCCUUGACGCACGUGCAUCUCUCUCAUUCUCUCUUUUUCUCUCGUCUUUUUUUUUGAACGUAUUCCCCUCUCGAGUUUUAAUUGAACGUUAAUACCCGCAUCUGAGAAGGGGAGGGAAAAAAAAGGACACUUAGAAAUAUAAAAAGCGAGAAGAAAGAAAAAAAAUACACCUGCAUAAGGAAGAAAAAAGAGAGAGAGAGGGAAAAAAAAGACCCAAAAACAAAAACCACACGAGAGAAAAAAAAGAACAAAAGAGCAUCAACCAUGGGCAAGAUAAAGGACAUGAAGGAGUACAUUGGCACGGGCGAACUCCUGAACGACCGCCGCGUGUGGAAAGCCUUCCUGGCGGAGUUCCUGGGCACCAUGUUCCUCGUGUUCAUCGGCUGCGGCUCCUGCAUCGGCUCCUGGAGCGAAGGCUACGCCCCCAGCGUCGUCCAGAUCUCGCUCGCCUUCGGGGUCACCGUGGCGUCCAUCGCGCAGGCUGUCGGUCAUGUCUCCGGCUGUCAUAUCAACCCAGCUGUGACAUGCGCUAUGCUUGUUGCUCGUCAUGUCUCUGUCAUCCGGGCACUGAUCUACAUCGUCUGCCAGUGCCUCGGUGCCAUCGUAGGGGCUGCCAUUCUAAAGGGCGUGACCCCGGCAGAUAUCCAGGGGUCCCUCGGCAUGACCCUGAGGAAUGAAAAGAUUGACACGGCACAGGCAUUGGGCAUCGAGCUCCUCAUCACCUUCGUCUUGGUCAUCACCGUCUUCGGGGCGUGUGAUGAACGCAGGAAUGACGUGAAGGGAUCAGCUCCUCUCGCCAUCGGUCUGUCGAUCACCACUUGUCAUCUCUUCGCCGUCCCCAUCACCGGAUCUUCAAUGAACCCUGCAAGGAGCUUCGGUCCAGCGGUCAUUUCCGGUCUCUGGCAGGACCACUGGAUCUACUGGCUUGGCCCUAUCAUGGGGGGUCUCCUCGCGGGCCGUAUUUACAAAAUAACCUGGCCAGGAGAUGACGAAGACGAAGAGGAGAACAACCACGGGAAGAACAAGAGGGAGAACGAAAAGAACAGCGAGAAGGAGAGGAACAGCGAGAGAGAGAAGAGUGACUGUAGGUACGAACUGACCAUCCCCAUCGACGAUCUCACUGGCCAUCAGUUCCAAAAAGAUCAGAAUACUUCCCGCUUGAGUGUGAAGGACGACUUACAGCAUCUCAUGGAGGAUGAAGAGGAGGAUGACAUGAACGAAGAGGAAGAGGAGAAGAAGAAACUGGUCGAUGUGGAGAAGGUGGUUAUCGUUAAGUCUCAGAAAAAGAAUGAAGGAGAGGGGGUGGAGGAGAAAGAAAACGACUGUGUGAUAUCGGAGAGGACGACUGUUAUUUAAGUGUCAUUGCGGCUCUUUAGGCCUUCAUUCACUGCAAUAAGGCUAAUUUUUUUUUCUCAAAUUUUGCUCUCGUUAGGUCUAUUUAUGCUCUUUUACCUGUAGAUUAUCAUUAGCUUUCAUAUCAGUAUUUGUAUUUUUUUAUUUGAGUAUCCCCCAUGUCUUCGUUUUCUUUCUCUUACAUCGCCGUGUAAAGUAAGGGAAACUAAAACAAAAAUGAUGCUCGUUAUAUUCCUCAUUAUGGUUAUAUUGUGUGCAUUGCUUAAUGAAACUUACCAAAAAUUAUAUGCGAAGUAGAUUAAACUCCUAUUUUACUUGAAGCUUUUAAGUAAAUAAGGAGUAUCUGCAACAUAAUGUAAAGUAGUAAAGUUACAUCAUAUUGAUGAUGAAUAUUUUCCACGUUUCUAAUCAUUUUUCUUGUAAUCUUUAAUUUAUGUAAAGUAAGAUAUGACUUUCAAGUACACAUUAUUCAUCUAAAUCAUUUGUGUUCACGAGGUUAGGAAUUCUUUUCAUUAACUUUCCCUUCAAUGUGUUAUUUAACAGCUUGAUUCAUACCACUAAAGAAAAAUUUAUUAGAUGUUGUCUUGAUAAUUUCGUGUAAAAAUACUUUUUUUCGUUCAGAUAUUGAUUUCAGUGUAUUCUGUUCUGAUUAGUUUUUAGAUUUUUUUUUCAAUCUCCAUAACCGCCUUGUCUAUAUAGAAAGCAUAUAUAUGUAUAAAAAUAAGAAUGAAUAACAAAGAAAAUGACGGUGAAUAAUUUUACAACGUAGUAGAAAUGACAGAAUAAAAGACUAUCGGAAUUCCUUGAAAUACUCUAUUGCAAUUUUGAUUAAAAUCUUUAAUAGAAACGCUGCCUGCAUUAUCAUGUUAUUCAUUCUAGUUUGUCAUAAUAAACUCCAUUCAUAUAUUUGUUAAUGAUACAACGAUAAUUUUCGUGUAUCUGAACAUUACCAUCAACUAUACACAAUAAACAGAUUCGAAACAUAAACAUAUAGGCGAAGACACAGUUGUUACGUAUUUUAAGACUAUCGUAGAUAUAGCAAGUAUUUUUAUAUAGACAAUAAACUUAUACCUGCCAAAGUAAAACACUUGAGAAGGCAGUUUUAAACUAUAUCUUUCUAGUAAACAACAGAAGCAGACAAAUUCUAUUGACGUUGUGUUUGUCAUUUUUUCUUUUUCUUUUCUUUUUUUUUUGUUGAAUAAGCGUGUUUCUUGCAACUCGGAUUUUGAGUUAGCCAAAGAAACCCUUUAGUUUUAAUGUGAUUGAAUAAUAAAGAAACUAAGAUAAGAACA